CUUAAAACAUGUGUGAUAAAAAACACAUUUGUUUAUAUUUUUUUUUUUAUUUUUAAUUUUCAUAAAAUUUGUUUUAUAAAAAGAAAUAUUAAAUGAGUUCCAAAAAAAUUAACUUAAAAAACAGUGUAAAUGCAAUAAAUGCAAAAUCAACUGCUGCUGGCAAAAAGAAAGCCCUACCAAAACUUAAAGUUAUUCUAGCCAAUCCCUACAAACCUAAAUUUGAACAACUCAUCGAUAAUGAAUUAUCUCAAUUCAAAGAACUUAUAUCCUCUGAAAUUAAAUCUUCCGGAACGACUGGAAGAUUAUUUGUCAAACAAAACAAUAUUCAACUUGGACUUGGUAGUUCAUUGCGAACGAUUGGAAAUAAAAAAGCUUCUUGUGUUAUUAUAUCUCAUUCAAUAAAACCCAAAUUCAUCAUCGAUCAGAUUGGCUCUUUUACCAGACAAUCAAAUAAAACCGUGCCAGUGUUCAUAGUCGAAGAUUGGGAAAACAUUUGUGCAAAACUUUUCGAUGUAAAAGCACUUGUUUCGGUGUUUCCCUUAAAUGUUUCUGGAGAACUAGGAAAAUGGAUAUCAAAUCGUACUCUCACGAUUCCAAAAGUUGACCAAAAACUUAAUAAAGUUACAGAGCCCAUCGCAGAAUCUUUACCGCCAGAUGCCACCGAAAAGAGAUUCAAUUUGGAAUCCAUGUAUUUAACUAAACCUUUAAAUGGAAAACGAUCUUUUAUUCCAGAUGUUGUGGUAAAAUCUGAACCAAUACCAACAAAUCAAGAAAAAGACUGGACUGGAGACUUUAUAUCAUUUUCGAAUACAAAAGAUGAAAACGUAGAAAAAAUGGACAUGGAUGAAAUUGAUGAGGAAUUUAAUAGAAAACAAGACAAAGCUUUGGAAGCUUUAAAAAGAAUUGCGAAUAAAAUUCAAAAAGUUGAUAAUGAACCUAAAGCAAUAACCAAAUCCAAGGAAGAGAAACUGAAAUUUUCAUUACAAAAGAAAAUCGAUAGUAAAGAGGAUGAAGAAUGGGAAAACGAUAAAUAUGUUUCUCUUCAAGUACACAAAAUUCAACCUAAUCCCAAUCGAAAACCUAAAAAUAAAAGAAAAAAGAAGAAUAAAAACAAAACCAAUAAAGUUAAUUAAGCUUUAAAUAAAAAAG